GGGGCUUCCCAGCUGGCGCCUGCCCAUAGUCUCCGAGAGUGUCCCUAGGUGCUGAGCCCCAGUCCGGGUGACGGCCACAGGUUACGGCCGCCGGCUAAGCUGAGCCGCAGCGCUUGUUAGCACCCCAGGGUGUCUCGGGAGCAUUCGCGCCGGGUCCAUGGAGAAGCCGCGGGGAGUCAGGUGCACCAAUGGGUUCUCCGAGCGGGAGCUGCCGCGGCCCGGGGCCAGCCCGCCUGCCGACAAGUCCCGGCCGCCCGAGGCCAAGGGCGCACAGCCAACCGACGCCUGGAAGGCAGGGCGGCACCGCAGCGAGGAGGAAAACCAGGUGAACCUCCCCAAACUGGCGGCCGCUUACUCGUCCAUUCUGCGCUCGCUGGGCGAGGACCCCCAGCGGCAGGGGCUGCUCAAGACGCCCUGGAGGGCGGCCACCGCCAUGCAGUACUUCACCAAGGGAUACCAGGAGACCAUCUCAGAUGUCCUGAAUGACGCUAUAUUUGAUGAAGAUCAUGACGAGAUGGUGAUCGUGAAAGACAUAGAUAUGUUCUCCAUGUGUGAGCAUCACCUUGUUCCAUUUGUGGGAAGGGUCCAUAUUGGCUAUCUUCCUAACAAGCAAGUCCUUGGUCUCAGUAAACUUGCCAGGAUUGUAGAAAUCUACAGUAGACGACUACAAGUUCAAGAGCGCCUCACCAAACAGAUUGCGGUGGCCAUCACAGAAGCCUUGCAGCCUGCUGGCGUUGGAGUAGUGAUCGAAGCGACACACAUGUGCAUGGUAAUGCGAGGCGUGCAGAAAAUGAACAGCAAGACUGUCACUAGCACCAUGCUGGGCGUGUUCCGGGAAGACCCCAAGACUCGGGAGGAGUUCCUCACACUUAUCAGGAGCUGAGCUUCCGUGCGCAAGCCCGGGUUUGCAGACCCCACUGCUGCGGGUGGUAUCUGUCUCAGUCGUACAUUCCAGUUUCAGUUGGUACACUUGUGGACUUUACUUCUCAUCAUGAAUUGUAUUUAAUAAUUAUUUAUAUAGAUACGUCAAAUAAAGGUGAUCAACUAAGGGUGAGCUUCCGCUUUCUUCUCGCCACCGUCUUAGUGGCAAUGUUAAAGUGAACUGCCAGGAGUAUAGGCUAUCCACAGCGACUACUGCCAUUCAGAGCCCCCAGGAAUGCUGGGAGGGAGGGGAACUCAUGCAUUUGGUUGACAUAAUCACUGACUCAUUAGCAGAGGGCACUGGGCAUUCAAGGAGCCAUGGCCACUAUGCUGUUUGCUGCCUCCAGUGGGCAUAGUCUAACGUUGGAGUGCUGGAGAUGGUGAGGGGUUCAGAGAGCAUUGCCCUCUGAGUUCAGAGGCCCACAGACACCUGUCUGUUUUGAUCAUGCAUGUGAAGCUACCAGGGACAUUUUCUUCCUUAUAUUUAUUAACUGUCCAGCUAUAGCACUAGUCUCUGAGGGAAGGUGGUAGGAUAUCUGCCUUUAAUUUUGCUGUGAGUUAAAAAGACAAAAUUUUUACCUUCUAUAUUUUGAAAUUUUGAGAAGGGAGAAUCCCUUUCUGCAGUUGUCUCCUUAAGUUUAUUUUCAUGUCAGCUACGUGGAUUUAGAGGGUUGACUCUGUGCCUUGGUGAGAAUAUCACACCAUUUGGAGAGCAGGUACUUCUGUCAUCCUUUCGGACAGCCAUUACUUCUCAAGUUUAUAAGUGCUGACUCGGCACAUGGCUGAUUUCCUGUAAGAAGUCCUUGGGAGUUUACUUUGUCUAUUCCAAGGAGAUGCUUCAAAGAAUUUUCAGAAACUCAUAUGAGGUAUUUUUUGCAAUUAUUUCCAGGAUCUUUUGGAACGGCCGCUCAGUCAGCUCUGUGGGUUCCCAGCUCCUCAGAACUGCAGAAAGCAUAGGAUGAUGAGGGAGGCCAGGGAACUGUGCCCACUGCUCUGGACAGGCCAUGCUGUGGCUGUUGGUGCCCAGAGGACUUUGGUCUAGUUCUUUUCUUGUUGGUGUGUGCCUUGUCUUCAGUACAAGUGUAUCCAGAGGUGUAGCUGUCCGAGAAGUGUGGCUACGGACCAGUUACCAUGUCCUCCACUGGGGCAGUGAGGGCCAAGUUAAAUCACAGCAUUGUUGCUCCCCUGCACAAACACAAUCAUAGCUGUUACAAUGAAGAGUUCUCCCUCUGGCUGACAGUGCUCUUUAAAUGAAUUCCUGUGGUCUUAUCUACCACUUAGACACUCAACAGCUUAUGAUAAGACAAGAGCUGGUUUUUAAUUUUAUUAUUAAUUUUUUUCACUUCUACUUUUUCCUAGCACUUUCUAUAUUUAGAGUCAGGUUGAUUUUGAGUUUCCUUUGAAAUCUAACUGAUAGCAAUGUUAGCCUGCUCUGCUAUUUAGACAUUUCUAGGUAGAAUGCUAAGUACGUAACCUGUGCUUGGUAUUUUAAAGUAAACAAAACCAGUGUGACUUGACUUAGAGGACCAAAGACAUUGUUAGAUAUACCUUCAUCUUUCUGGGGGGUUGGUCACUUGUAUCCCUUCUAAACGACCCUGUUGGGUCAUUCUCUAGAAGUGUUCUUAACAAAUGCCUGACAUCUCCAGGCUGUGUUCUCAUUAGCAUCUGUGUAGGGGGAGCCUCAUCUGUCUCAGUCUCGUCUGUAGUGUUUCAAAGUGACCUUCUCACAUCCAUGACACCAAGUACAUUUGGGGAAUUCUUAAGAAUUUGAUGUAUUUAAAUAUACUGUUCAAUUACACUGUGUGAAUUUACUGUAUGUAUAUGUAUGUUACUGAAGUUGGUUCUAUUUAAAUGAUUAAAGUGUUUUUAAUUUUG